AGUCUUACCUGGCCCUCGAUGAACCGAUGAAUAACAUCACCACGUCCCUGGGGCAGACGGCAGAACUGCACUGCAAAGUCUCUGGGAAUCCGCCUCCCACUAUCCGCUGGUUCAAAAAUGAUGCACCUGUGGUCCAGGAGCCCCGGAGGAUCUCCUUUCGGGCAACCAACUACGGCUCUCGGCUACGGAUUAGAAACCUCGACACCACAGACACGGGCUACUUCCAGUGCGUGGCGACGAAUGGCAAGAAGGUGGUUUCUACCACUGGAGUCUUGUUUGUCAAGUUCGGCCCCCCUCCCACUGCAAGUCCAGGGUCCUCAGAUGAGUACGAAGAAGAUGGAUUCUGUCAGCCGUACAGAGGGAUUGCGUGUGCAAGAUUUAUUGGCAACCGCACUGUCUAUAUGGAGUCUCUGCAUAUGCAAGGGGAAAUAGAAAAUCAGAUCACAGCUGCCUUCACCAUGAUCGGCACCUCCAGUCACUUGUCUGAUAAGUGUUCUCAGUUCGCCAUUCCUUCCCUGUGCCACUACGCCUUCCCAUACUGUGACGAAACCUCAUCUGUCCCAAAGCCCCGGGACUUGUGUCGCGAUGAAUGUGAAAUCCUGGAAAAUGUCCUGUGUCAGACAGAAUACAUUUUUGCGAGAUCAAAUCCCAUGAUUCUGAUGAGGCUGAAACUGCCGAACUGUGAAGAUCUCCCCCAGCCAGAGAGCCCCGAAGCUGCAAAUUGUAUCCGGAUUGGAAUUCCCAUGGCGGAUCCUAUAAAUAAAAAUCACAAGUGCUAUAACAGCACAGGUGUGGACUACCGGGGAACUGUCAGUGUGACCAAAUCAGGGCGCCAGUGCCAGCCGUGGAAUUCCCAGUACCCACACACACACACCUUCACCGCCCUCCGCUUCCCAGAGCUGAACGGAGGGCACUCCUACUGCCGCAACCCAGGGAAUCAGAAGGAAGCUCCCUGGUGCUUCACCUUGGAUGAAAACUAUAAGUCUGACCUGUGCGACAUCCCAGCAUGUGGUAAAUACCGUCAUUGCCUUUAAAGGAUUCAGUCACUUUAAAAGAUCCGCACUCCAUGCCCCUUCCCUUAGGAGAAUCGUGUAAGGGGGCAAAGGAGACUGAUAGUGUUUGUUUGAUCUCAAACUGUUUCUAGGAUAGAUAAACUUGCUGCUUUGACAUAAAACACGUUUUAGGGUACCAAAGCACACUCUCAAGGAGGAAACUGCUUUUAUCCCUGCAGCCAUUGUGUUAGUGAGUAUAACAGGCACCGUCUCCCCAGAAGUACAGCUUCUCACCAUCAUUCAUGUAGUGAAAUGUGUUACCCACGAUGGUCUGUGUCCAGGUGUACCUUUUUUAGCACAACAGGUGUAUUGGAAGCAGAAAGAGAAUUGUUUUCCCUGUGUCCUUGAGAACACCCACAAGGGAGGAUGAAUCUAUAGCCAUUACUCAGUGAUCCAAGGCAACCUGUGGAUAAACUGUGUCCUUCAUCUCUUCCUUUUAUACUGCAGAAGUAUAGAAAGAAAAUGAAGUUUCUGAAUCAGUUUGUUCCUUUUUCUAGAAAAUGUUUGGAAGGUAGGAGAAAGAGAGUGGAAAUGCUGCUGAUACCUGGAGUCUCAGACUUUUUUGGAACUGAUUCAACUUCCUUAUCCUAGUUCUACUGAUAAUGUCACCUGGGUUUCCCAGGCGUAGUGGGAGAGUCAGGAUGUCACAGGAAAGCCACACCAAGUAAAAUGGAGCUAAUAAUGAUAUACA